AUGGCAUCUGAUAAUCUAUCUAGUUUACGAUCGUAUAUUAAAAAUACUCCACAUAUCAAAUACUCUGAAACAAUAUCAGUACUAUUUUUAUUAGAGUUAACUUAUAAAGAAAAUGUAGAAUGGCUUAGAGGGUUUAUUUCACAACAUAUUCCAAGCUUCUUUCAAUUAAAAAGAACAUUAUUUCAUAUUGAUUAUCAGCGUGAUAAUAUUCUUAAACAAGUAAAACGAAAGGUUAAAAAAUUGCAAGAGGAUUUAUAUUUUGAGGAUACUCACAAUAAAGGAAUUAUCAGAGAGGGAUUACCUAUUGUAACUGACGGAUGGCAAGAAUCAAAUGAGAUAAUCAGAACUAUUGAAUUGGAAAUUUAUGUUACUAAGAAAUGUAUACUAUAUUCUGAUGAGUCAGAAUAUUGUAAUAAAAGAUCAAGAGAUGAUUUCUCUAAAUGCCUAGCAGGUGCUGGUUUAGUUGGAGGCAUUAAUAGAGAAGAAUUGCAAUCUAUAUUAGCAUUAUUAGGAAUUACAAGACAAAAUAAACAUCAGCAAUAUUUUGAUAAACAAGAAGAAUUUUUUUCAAGUUUAUAUCAAAUAGCAAAUAUUAGUGCUGAAGAUGCUUUGAGCCAUGUACGCGAAGCUUCACAGGCUAGUGGAGAAAUUAUCUUUAAUAGAGAAUUAGAAGAUGAAAAAUGUAUUACUAUUCAAGAGGAUAAUUAUGAUAGUAGCUCACAACAGAUGAAACAUGCUAUAUUAAUUGUCAUAAUUGAAAAGAUUUCAACAAUACUAGAAAAAUAUAAUAUCAAAUUAAAUAUUGGUAUUAAUGGAGACCUUUCUACAAAUAAAACUUUGGCUUUAUAA